AUGGAGAUCCGCUUCCAUCACCGAACGGUCGGCGAGAGCGACAGUCAAGAGCUGGCAGUUGCGAAGUCUGAGGAGUUAGAUUGGCUGCAUUGUAUCGUGUCAGGUCUCAACUUUCACUACACUCGCAGUUGGGUCCAUGCGCCUCGCGGCCCUCCAAGCGCCACUCAGCGCAAGGCCCUCAAUAAUCUUCUCUAUGAGGUCAGAGUCUUUCGUAAGCAGUGCGCUGACCUGAUCCCUGACAUCGAUUGGGGCACCGACCUUCCUUCUGCCGCCACUUCCUACGACGGCGAGGAGGUGUUCCCUGCCGAGCUCCUGGACCGCGAUCGUUUACUCGAAGCCCUGCCUCCUCGAGAGGCGUGCGCUGCCGCGAGGGCCGUCGAUGCGACAGAGGGCUGGAUCAGGGCUGCUCUCUCCGAUCCAGGUCUGAUCCUGAAGGACGAGUCGGGGCCCCAACGUCUGGCGAUGAACAUCAUCCCCCCCAACUUCAUCCAGAACAUUAUCGAGGGCGACAUGCCGAUGCUGCCCCGCAGCGACAAGUGGAAGAGCGUGAUCCUCAGGUCUGGGGAGGUGAUGCUCUGGGGCGCGGAGGAUCUGAAGUGCUGCUUCUACGUGUAUAGCCUCAGCGAUGUGUGGCUGAAAUACAUGGCCAUCUCAAAGCCCGUGAGGAGGUGCGUCGCUGGGCUGCCAGGCAAGGGCAUGAUAUACCUGGCCGCCGCCGUCGUGCCCAUGGGAGUGGCUCCCGUCCGCGGCGAGGUCGGCCGCACGUAUGAUGACGACAAGCGGAUGAUCUACAUCGGGCGCGGCUCCAGCUCACUGCAGCUUGCUCCAUCGAAGUGGGGCAACCCGUUCCGCAUUCGGGAUGGCCUGGACAGGAGGCAGGUCAUCGAGCCGUUCGCAGAGCACCUGGAGAAGUCGCCCGACCUUCUGGCCGACUUAUCCUCUCUGAGUGGUGCUCGGCUGCUUUGCCACUGCAAGGAGCACCGGGCCUGCCACGGCGAUGUUCUGACCGCGAAGUGGUUGGAGCGCUUCAACACGCCAGCCCUCUGGAGGGCCUGGCAGGUGUACAUCGACAACUUGGAUGUGCUGGAGAUCACCGACUGGUGGCACGCCAAGUCCCUGCAGGAGGAGGGGAUCAGCGAGGCGGUCGACAUGGCCCGUCGGAGGUACGAGCACUUCAACGUGCCAAGAAGCGAGAACAAGGCCGUCAUCCGCGAGACCACGACGCAGUCCCUCGGGGAGGCGAUCGAUGGGGAUCGUGGCACCAUCGGGCCGCCCGCAGAGUUCGUGCGACGGCUGAUCUCCCUCACCCUGGCGACUCUGCAAAGGCCCACAGUGACUCAGAAGUGGAUGCAGAUCCUGGCGGGCCGUUGGGUUCGGUGCCUCCAUUUCAGGCGCGAGGCGAUGAUGUGCUUCACUCACUUGUGGCGAUUCUUGGUGAAGUUGCGUGGUGAUGCGAAGGUGCCGCGUAAGGUGCGCGAGGAGCUGGUGUCGGCCUUAACGUUGCCCCCUUUGCUUCGCUGCGACCUGCGCGUGCCCAUCAGCGGGCUGGUGACGGUCUCGGAUGCCAGCAUGCAGCGUGGAGCCGUGUGCCGAGCUGUUCGCAUUCGGCCUGAUGGAGUGGCCGCUGCGAGAGCGGCCAGCCGAAGGCUGGUGACUGACUUCCGCGGCGAGGUGGUGCCCCUGUCCUUGUUCGACGGCAUUGGUGGGGCUCGCCGCGCCCUGGACCUGUUGGGGCUCACUCCCGCGCUGUUCGUGUCCGCCGAGAUCGACGCCGAGGCGAAGCGAGUGACCAAGUAUGCGUGGCCGGACGUGCUGGAAGUCGGCGACGUCUGCUUCUUUGGGUUCGCCGAGGCGGUGGCCAUCCGUGAACGAGUUCCGCAUAUGAAGUGGAUAUUAGUGGUGGCCGGUAGCUCUUGCAGCGACCUGGCCCGCAUCAAUGUUGAGCGUACUGGUCUUCAAGGGAGACGCUCACGUCUAUUCUACGAGAUAAACCGCAUUGUGUCUCUGCUGCGCGAGGCGCUGGGUGAUUUCUGCACGGUGUUGUCCCUGGUUGAGAACGUGGCCUCAAUGGAUUCGGAAUCGCGACAGUUGAUGUCACAUUCCCUGGGAUGCGAACCUGCGUGCGUCUCAGCGGGUGAUGUCACACACUGCCAGGGUGACCGUCUGCAUUGGAUCAAGGAGGAGCUGUUGACGCCGUGGCAGGGCGAGACGUAUGUCAUGGACUCGGUAAAGCACGUCAUGAUCCCUGACGGGCCUGGUCCAGUUGAACGCUGGCUGGCCGCUGGGCUUCAGUGGCAGGGUGACAUCCAGAAGGACUUCCGCCUGCCCACCUUUCUGCGCUGUGUUCCUCGUCGUGCUCCAGGUCAAUUCCCAUCAGGUCUCGACAAAUGUGCAAGUCGCGAACUUGAGCGUUGGCGCAGGUUCAACUACUGCUACGCGCCCUACCAGUUCCAGGACGUCAACUGCGUCGAGGAUCCUGACGGCAGCCGAAGGCCCCCCUCGAGUGUCGAGAGAGAGCUGCUGCUCGACUUCCUUCCAGGGCACGCGAUCACGGCACGAGUGACUAGAGCGCGCAAGCUCGAGAAAGCUGAUCUGGAAUGUUGCCGGUGCGCUCUGCUUGGGAACAGCUUUCAAUGUGUGGUUGUCGCCUGGGUGCUGGCCCACUGGGCUCAGAGAGCAGGCUACCUGACCGAGAUCCCCUCCGUCAGGCAGGUGCGUGAGACUGGAGGUGGCGCCACCGUCGCCGAUGCCACAGUCAGCAUGUACCAGAUGGAUUGCGACGACGGUAUCUUGGUGCGCCAGCGCGAUCUCGAGAGCGAGGAUGCCGCGCUGGACCCCAGCAUCAUCAUCGUGGAGGAGCUGGCCCGCCGUGCAGAGGCCAGAGGCAACGACAUCAGGCUUGACACGUUCGGGGCGAUGCGGCCUGAUCUGUGGCCCAGGCGACCAGUCAGUGUGGCGCGCUGGUCGUGGAAGGCCACCGCCAUCUGGGACUGGAAGCACCCGUCACACAUCACGGACCUUGAGGUCGAGUUCAACACAGAGUCAGAGCAGCGCAGGAUCAGGCUACGCGUCGUCAACUUCGGGCCGUGGUGGGUCGCCUAUCACACAAUUUGGUGCAGCCACG